AGGUGGUCGUGCCAUCACUUUAUCUCUAAUGGCGUCUGCCUACAUGUUAUGGCUUGCUGUCCUCUGUCUGGUGAUCAUCAUCCUCAUCAACUUCGUGUGGUGGACAGUGAACGUGGAAGAAACAUAACAAUAACCCUUUAAGUAACAUAUGUGGCGCUUCAUUAUCAGCAUAACAGAGACCUUUGCAGUAUCAGAGAACAUUUUAAGGAUGGGACUCACCAGUUUCCUUUUCUUGUGCCUCUCUGUGUUAUAUGGCAUCCAGCAUCACUAUGUCCCAGUGGAGUGGAUCUUGAUCUGUGUACCCAUCGUGUUUCAGUUAGUUGGUUUCAUCUUGGUGCUGCCCUGUAAACAGCUGUACAAUAAAGCCUAUAAAGUCUUAGUUCGUUCAGCCAUGGGCAAUAAGGUGCAAAAGCUGCCAUCGACCGAGGAAUACGAAACAGAAUAGUGUACAAUAUCGGUAUUUUAGAGGCAUAUUCUUGGGGAUCUAUGCACUGGGGUGGUCUCACACACGAAAAAACUUUGUACUAUUUCGGUCAUUGCAUAAUAUGAGAAAGGUAUCCUCAUAUUACAUAACCCCAGCCCAACAGUAGAAACUGUUCAGGGCAGCAUGAGCUUCUAACACAGCUAAACAUUAAUGCCGUAUAUUUGAAACCACCUGAAGAGACAUUCACAGGUAAUUACGUGGAAACUAGUAUUGCAAUUUCUUAAAAAAAAAAAAAAAAAAAGGCAAAUUAGGACACACAGCUCAAAACUAAUACAGUGGACCCUCAACCAAUGGCAUUAAUCCGUUCCAGAGGGCUUGCCGUUGGUCGAGUUAAUUUUUCCCAUAAGAAAUAAUGGAAAUAGAAUUAAUCCAUGCCUGACAUCCCAAAGUCUGAAUUUUUUUUUUUACAUGAAAUAUACAUUUCCUUAUAUGG